AUGUUGACUCUCGAUGGUUCCACGCUCGAAGGAGGUGGUCAAUUGGUUCGUGUGGCUUUGUCACUGUCCUCAAUAUGCUCCAUUCCUAUACGAGUUACAAAUAUCCGAGCAAACCGGUCCUCGAAGAGCACGCGACCCUCGAGCAAGACGACAUCUAACAAUCCUAGACAUGGCCGCGGUACGAGUAGCGUGGGCGGUGGGCUCAAGGAGAGUCACCUCGCGGCGCUGAAUUGGCUCGCUGAACAAUGCAAUGCAGAUGUCCAUGGCAACCAGGUUGGAUGUGCAGAGGUUAUGUUCAAACCUUCUCUAAAGACGGCAUGUUCUCGACUGGAGACCGUGAACCCGACAGAUAAAGCCCCAGAUUUCAUUGCGCUGGAGAAGCCAGGAAGCGUCUGGCUGAUCUGGCAAGCGAUAUUUCCCUACAUCGCAUUACGGCUCACAAAUCCUCCUCAGGGAUUCCCUUCGCAACCUCCUCAACCAUUCCACAUCACUCUCAUGGGUGGCACGAAUGUCCCCAAAUCCCCAUCGACCGAGUACAUGCAACAGGUCUUCCUCCCGCUGUGCGAACAGAUCGGCCUCCCCAAAGUCGAUGUGCGUGUCAUUCGGCGUGGCUGGGCCGGCAGUGCUUCUGAGAUCGGCCGUGUUGAACUCACGGUGCAUCCCAGCACUCAGCCCGAGGCGCAUGUGUCACCAGACAGUGCCGCGAGACUGAAAUCACGACAUCUUUUGGCCCCGUUCUUCUUGUCCCGUCGUGGCUCGAUAACAAACAUCACAAUGACCAUCAUAUCAGGCAGCCCGACCACGCAGACUUACCUUCAAUCCGACCUUCGCACAUCCUUGUCAACCAGACCUAUCUUCUCGUCCGUGCCAAUAACGAUACACCCGUCAUCAGGACUCUCCGGCGACGAACGACGGCUAUACGUCCUUCUCGUCGCGCACACAACUGACGGCCACAGGCUUGGGAGGGACUACCUGGGCCCGGGACGCAAGGUGACAUCGGACGCAGAUCGAAGGCGCGUGGUGGCCGAGGCCGUCGCCCACGUCGUGGGUGAUUUCACUAAGGAAUGCGAAUCCAAUGCGAGCGUUGACGAGUUCGCAGAGGACCAGUUGGUCAUCUUCCAGGCGUUAGCUGCCGGGGUGACGAAUGUUGAGCCUCGGCGGGUUGCUCAGGCUGAUCAACAAGGUCUACUAACUCGGCAUCCUACUGACCCAGGCUCGAAAGGUGGUUUGGGAAGUCAGAAUAGAGCGACGGGAAGCCUCCAUACACGCACGGUACGCUGGGUAUGCGAACAAAUGCUAGGCACCGAGUUUGACGGACACGGCGGCUGCAAGGGGAUAGAUACUUGA